UGGUGUAGGCAAGAAGGAGUUAACGCUCGUCAAGCAUUAUUCUUAAACAAAUUAAGGCCAGAGCAGCUCAGUGGCAGUUCCUCCCAGAGGGACUAGAUGUUCGGCGGUGAUACAAGCUGUGGGCCAUUUACUUAGGCCUUUCUCUUGAUCUUAGCGUUCUGCAGACAAAAGAAAGGGCUCUUUUUGGAGCAACGCCUAGAAGCCAUGAUGCGGCGGUCCCUGGAGCGGGCACAGCAGCUGGAGCAGAAGCAGAAGCGGUGGUCCUGGGGAGGAGCGCUGGCGUCCAGCUCGGGCUCUUCAGAAAGGGAUGGUGAAUCAGAAAAUGCCCCACCCCCUCCUCUAGGUUUAGCGGCCAGCACCCUUCCUCCAGACCCCGUGACCUCUGCUGCUGCUACUGAUGACUCCAAUGCAUGUGACAAACUUUCAGCUUCUACCAUGAAUCUUCCAAAGCAGUUGGAGUCACCCAUCAGUAAGCGUCUGUCUUCCUCCACAGCAGCAAUUACGUAUUCCUCUGACAAAGCCCACCGCAUGCACCUUAGUCCAAUGGAAAACUUUAUUGUUAUGCGACUGUUGACCCCCACACAGUCUUCCCUAGCCAGAAACCGAAGCACACUCAUGCUUUCUGAACAGUCCAUUGAUUCAGUCUUUCCUGUCUGUCCUCGUAUAGCCCCAGGGAGUCCUUUUAAAUCUCCCUACAAGGCGCCUCCUGCCCGAAUCCCAGAGAGAAGGAAGAUGGCGUCCUGCGGGACUGGGGAUGCCCCGAAAGGAGCAGUUUCGUCUGAACAGACUGAGAAAGGAAAGAAAGAAAAGCGACCUCCAGCAGCCGUUUCCACAGCCAGCCUUGGAUCUCCAUUAAGAAGAUCUGAUUCUCCAGCAAAGAGACAUUCCUCUCCUGCAAUAUCAAAAACACCUUCAAAAUACCCACAGUCUCCAAAGAAUACCAAACCAUAUCAAGGAUCACCCGUCAAAUACCGCAGCCCCCAUUCUCCCAACCAAGAGACUCCAAAGAAGAAAGCAGACAAGGAGAAAGCAAACAAGGAAAAGGAAGGGGCUUUGAGUCAGAAAGCACAUGGAGCUCACGGGGAUCAGAUGGGUGAGAAGCAUCUUGCGGAGAAACACAGCCCUGGGUCAGGAAAGACGGACAUUAGUGAAGGGAAGUUCACUGCAGGAACAACGGAUGCAGAAGAAGCCUCCAAAAUCCUGGCAGAGAAGAGGAGGCAGGUUCGUCUGCAAAAAGAGCAAGAAGAACAAGAAAGGCAGGAGAGGGAAGAGCAAGAGAGGCUACAGAGGGAAGAACUGGAAAGAAAGGCAGAACAAGACAGGAUUCUCCAAGAACAAGAAGACCGUAAGAGGGAAGAAGAAAGAAAGCAAAGACAAGAAGAAGAGAACAGAAAAGCAAAAGAGGAAGCCCAGAGGAAAGCUAUAAAAGAACAACUUUUAAGAGAGCAGCAAGAAAAAGAAAAGCAAGAGAGAGAACAGCAAGAAAGAGCCAGAAUUGAAAAGCAGAAAGAAGAGGCGGAAGCUAAGGCCCGGGAAGCAGCUCAACAGCUGCGUCUAGAACGAGAACAGAUCAUGCUGCAGAUAGAGCAGGAAAGACUGGUGCGAAAGAAGAGAAUAGAUGAAAUCAUGAAGAGGACAAGGAAAAGUGAUGUUUCAGCAGAGGUGAAGAAGGAGGAGCCUAUAUUGGAGACUCAGCCCAAACAGGAGACUCAGCCAAUUUUGAAUGUGGAAAAUAAUACAUCAAAGCUAGUUGUACAGAGUAAAGUAGAAAUGAAUGGAUUGACCCCCUACCAAGAAACUAAUGGGGUGGGACGCUCUGCUCCUGAAACUAUCUCCCAGGAUGUCUUCUCUAAUGGUCUUAAGCCAGUAGCAGGACUUAUCCAUCUGGAUGCCCUAGAUGGGAAGAUGAACAGUCUGGAUGAUUCCACAGAUGAGGUUCAGUCUAUGGAUGUUAGUCCGGUUUCAAAAGAAGAACUUAUCUCCAUCCCAGAAUUUUCACCAGUGAAUGACAUCAUUCCCAGUGUUUCUUUGGAACAGAAUGGAACCAGUAAUGCUAAGGCCAUUGAAGAGCUCUUAGAUUUCACAGGCCCCCCAACUUAUCCCAAGAGAUCCAGUGAAACCCUUGCCAUGGAUGACUGUAACAAAAACUUGAUUGAAGAAUUUAACAGUCCAGGACCAGAAAAUACACUUAAUACAAUAUGUUGAUGGAUACAAUAUGCUAUAAUGUAAAGAGGUAGUAUAUGAUGGAGAAAAUACAGACCUGUGAUGCUGCUGGCAGUAAAAUAUGAACUGUUUAUCAUCUAGAGAAGCUUCUGCAAUCCUUGACCACUGGAUUCCAAUAAUCAGAGCUGAAUGUAAUAUUGUGUCUUCUCAAGGGUAUAUAUGCCCCAAACUGGCUUAAAAAUAAAUACAAAACUUGGCUCUUAACCCUUGAUUGGUUUCAGGGAAGCUUCAUUGUGCUGUGUAUUAAAGCUUUGACCACUGGUCAAGUACUUAAGCUAAUAUCCUACUCAUUAUCUGAAGAACAUCAAAGACUUCAACUUGUCCAUUCACUUUAUAAUCAUUCUUCCAAGUCAGGUCACAUAAGUAUCUAGAUAUCUUUUCUUGUAAAUACACUUAACAUUUAUCACAUUUACCUAAAGAUCACUUAAAAUGUCCUGGACUUGAGCAGCAUGCCUGUCCUUGUCUAAAUGGGGGAAGGCAUUAAAUAGAUUACUUCCUACCAUAUUCUCUCCACCUUCCCCCAUCGCCCUUCAAUCAUGCUUCCUUUCAUUGAAGGCUUUGAAAUGAGUUUUCAUUGAGGAAACACAGCAUGCUUUACUCUAUAGUUGCUAUAAUUGAGAAGCCCCACUGGCUGCUGUUAAGUUUAGUCAACUGAAAAAUGAUUGUCAUGAUUUUGCCCUUUUUUUUGCUCUCCCUUUGCUUUUUUUUAAUCUGUUGGUCCAGUGAGAAGAUAAUUCCAACCUUCUCACAAUUACUCCCAUCUGCUUUUGCAGCUGAUUGUAGCAAAUUAACUUUGACAUUAUACAACAGCUUCUGUUUUUGACCACAGUUCUCCAGAUUACAAUUGAAGUUUCACGUGGGUUUGUCUAAAUAAUGUAUUCCUGAUACAGGUAGCAUAUGCAGUUGUUUCUGGUGGUGGUAAUGGUGGUGGGUUUUUGUUUGUUUUUGCUUGUUUUUUUUCUAUCUUGGGUUAUUGUCUCUCUAUCCACCUUUAGUAAAAAUUAAAUCUAAACAUUUCAAUGAAAACUACUACUUUGAGACACUGAUGGGUCCCAAAGGGGCACAGUAUUUUCACUUGCUUUAAUGAUAUCACUCUGUGUAAUAUGUUGAAACACCUGUAUGGGAAAAUUCCCAUGGGACCUUAUCAUUUAUAAACAUUUUGUGCCAUACAAAAUGCACUUUGGUUCAUUUUUUUCUUUCGGUGGAAAGUAACCCUCAGACUAUAUCAUUCUUUUCUUCUUUGAGGCCUUGUUAACCUAGUACUUCAAAGGACAAGGGAGACCAAGAAUUUUAGCAGAUGUUAACAAAAAGUGGGAACAUUGAGGAAGUUGUUGGAAUACCAUGGUCUCAGUAGUAACCUUGUCCUUGUGCUUUGAAAACCAGCAAUUGUUUAAGAAUUAAAUAGCUAACUAUUAUCCUGUGUGUAUGUGUUUGUAUGUACAUAUGGAUGUACAGUACAUAUAUUAAGUAAAAUAUAUGCCUACCAUGAUGUAGAUGCAUUUAUCUUGGCGUGUGUCAGAAGAGUCCCUUUUCCAGUGAGUGAACAGGUCCAGAUGAGGAAGAUGGUACUUGUCUUCUGAAGAAGACUUUCCCAUCCUUUCCUCAUUGUUUAUUUUGCUGUGAUAUAUUGUGCUUGAGAGAUGCCACUGAAGAUGUUUUACUUGACCAGUCCUACUGUAUACUAUGGAGAGCCUUCCUUUGCAUGAUGUAUGUAGCAUGUUAUAACAGUGAAAUACAUUUUCAUUUGAUGAGU